AUGUCGCGCUCUCUCCUCAUCACCGGCGCCACAGGCAGACAAGGCGGCGCCGCCAUCCGCGCCCUCCUCUCCAAAAACGCAGACUUCAGGCUCCUCGCCGUCACACGCGACAAGACUUCCCCCUCCGCCCAAAGGCUCGCCAGCCUAUCCCCGAAAGUCACUCUCCUCCAGGGCGAUCUCAACAAGACAGACGCCCUCUUCCAACAAGCGAGAGAAGUCACCGGCUCGUCUCCAUGGGGAGUCUUUAGCGUCCAGGCCCUCAAACCAGGCCCCAAAGGCCCCCCCAUCGAACAAGCCCAAGGCAAAGCCCUCAUCGACUCCGCCCUCCAAUCCGGCGUAAAGCACUUCGUCUACUCCUCCGUCGACCGCCACGGCCCAGAAUCAUUCACCAACCCGACCGACAUCCCGCACUUCGUCAGCAAGCACAACAUCGAGCACCACCUCGUCAACUCCGCAGCAAAGCCCAACAGCGGCAUGUCCUGGACCAUCCUCAGGCCGGUCGCCUUCAUGGACAACCUCGACGGCGGCUUCUUCGGCAAGCUCUUCGCCACAGCCAUCAAGCUCAAGCUCUCCGGAGACGCUGCGAAGCCUCUCCAGCUCGUCGCCACAGAGGACAUUGGCCACGUCGCCGCCGAAGCGUUUCUCCGUCCUGAGGAGUACAGCGGGAAAGCCAUCUCGCUCGCCGGGGACCAAGUCACUUUUCAGCAGCUGUCGGACAUUUUUCGCGAAAAGACGGGUUCUCCUGUGCCCGUCACCUGGGACGUUGUAGCGAGAAUGGUCUUGGCCAUGUCCAAGGAGAUGAGGACCAUGUUUGACUUUUUCCAAAGGGAGGGCUAUGGUGCAGAUAUUGAGGCGCUGAGAAGGCAAUAUCCACAGCUCAAGGACUUGAGGACAUGGUUGGAAUCCACUCCGUAUGUGAAGAAGUAA